AUGGCCGACUUCUUCUCACUCAAGGACCACACUGCCGUCGUCACGGGUGGUACCCGCGGUAUUGGCCAGGCGGUUGCCAUUGGCCUUGCUGAGGCUGGUGCCGAUAUCAUUCUGGUUCAGCGCGACACUAAGGCUACAGACACCAAGGAGGCCGUUGAGAAGCUCGGCCGCAAGGCCUGGAUCUACACGGCCGACAUCUCCUCCCCCGAGCAGGUCGCCGCCCUCACCCCCAAGAUCCUGGCCGACGGCCACCAGGUGCGCAUCCUCGUCAACUGCGCCGGCAUCCAGCGCCGGCACCCCUGCGAGGACUUCCCCGACAGCGACUUCAACGAGGUCAUCCAGGUCAACCUCAACUCCGUCUUCUCCCUGUGCCGCGACGUCGGCCGCCACAUGCUCUCCCUCGAGCCCUCGCCCGUGACGGGCCGCGUCGGCUCCAUCAUCAACUUCGCCUCCCUCCUCACCUUCCAGGGCGGGCUCACGGUCCCCGCCUACGCCGCCUCCAAGGGCGCCGUCGGCCAGGUCACCAAGUCCUUCGCCAACGAGUGGACCUCGCGCGGCAUCACCGUCAACGCCAUCGCGCCGGGGUACAUCGAGACGGACAUGAACGAGGCCCUGCUCAAGAACCCCGAGCGCCUGGCCAGCAUCUCCUCCAGGAUCCCCGCGGGGAGGUGGGGCAGCCCGGACGACUUCAAGGGCACGUCGGUGUACCUCGCCAGCCGGGCCAGUGGCUACGUGAGCGGCCACACGCUGGUUGUCGACGGUGGCUGGAUGGGGCGGUAG